GCCUUGUCUGUCUGUCUUCAAUUAUCAAAAACCCUCUAUUUUUUUUUCUUCGCACCUCUCCACUUGUAGAAACAAAGCGACUAAGGUUGCUCUCAUCUCAGUGAAUGCAUGCAGUGAAAACCCUAAAUGUGGGUGUUUGAUUAAGCAUUUCGUAAAUAGAGAGAGAGAGAAGAUGGAUCACAUUAGCAGUCUACCAGACGGGGUUCUUUGUCAUAUUCUGUCUUUCCUUACCACAAAGGAGGCUGCUUUGACAUCUAUUCUCGCCAAGAGGUGGCGCAACCUUCUCGCAUUUGUCCCUUGUCUUAAAAUUGAUGACACUCUGUUUCUGCAUCCUGAAAAGGGUAAAGGGGACAGGGAAGACGUUAAACAGAGCUUCAUGGACUUUGUGGAUAGAGUUUUGGCGCUGCAGGGUAACUCUCCACUUAAUAAAUUCUCUCUCCAGAGUUUUAGUGGGGCUGAUUCAGAUAGAGUGGAUGGUUGGAUUAGCAGUGUGCUAGCUCGUGGUGUUUCGGAUCUUGAUCUCAAGAUCAUUCUGCAUCUUGAUCGACUUUGGGAUCCCUAUCAGCUCUCUCCAAAAUGCUUUGAGUGCAGCACACUAGUUAGUCUGAGCAUAGGCUCUGGCAUUGAUGUUUCUUUGGCUGCUGCUCGAGUUUUCUUACCAAUGCUUAAAACUCUGAUUCUUGACUCGGUGGGUGUUUGUCCUAAUGAGUUUGAGACUCUGCUUCAUUCUCUGCCUUCCCUUGAGGAAUUGCUUCUCGUUUAUGUGGACUGGAAAGGUAUGGAUGUCACAGUGUCAAGUGCAAGCCUCAAGACCCUAACAAUAGAGUUAUGCUUUUUGUUAAACACUUUAUCAUUUGAUACACCAAGUCUCCUUCACUUUGACUGCUCUGGUUAUGCUGCAUGGGACUAUCCAGUAGUUAAUAUGGGAAACUUGGUUGAUGCUCAAAUCAACUUUAGUGAAAUCCAUAUCAAGUCACUUGGAGAACCAGAUAAUGACGAAGAUGCUCUUCGUUUUAGCAAUAUGUGGAAGCUCUUUCAUGGCAUGCGAAAUGUUCCUCAUCUUAGCUUGCUUCCUGAUACUCUUGAGGUGCUUUCUAUGUGCUCUGAAUCGAUGCCAGUAUUCAACAACCUCAAAUCAUUAGCUAUUAAGAGUAACAAGGAGAGAGGAUGGCAAGCAAUGCCAGCUCUUCUAAGGAACUGUCCACAUUUAGAAACAUUUGUCAUUAAGGGGGGUAUCAUGCACCUUGUGACAGACAAAUGUGGGGAUGUUUGUGACUGCAUUUCUCGGGAGGACAAAGGACUUUCACUCAAACUUUGUCCAGUAAAAGUGAUGAAGAUUCAUGGGUUUCAAGGAACAGUGGAAGAGAUGGCAAUGAUAAAGCAUUUCUUGGAGUAUUUUGCAUGUUUGAAGGAGAUGGAGGUGUAUCCUGAAGAGAAUAAUAAUCCUACGCAGCUAGGAAACCAACGUGUCUUGGAGAUGUUCGAACUCUACAACAAGUUAUCGAGUUGCAAUGUCCAACUCUUCAUAUGAAGUGGCUGAAGAACUAAACCAUCUCCUAGUGUUUGGCCUGCAGUUUAAGUUGUGUUUAACUUUGCUUGAAAACCGUCUCAAAUAUAACUUAUCUUAAAAGACUCUAGUUUUCUCUUCUUACUUGUUAUCUGAAUCAUUUGCUAUCGAUGUCUUGUUUUCAUUUGA